AUGCCCUCCGAAAGUACAGACAAGAUCGAAUACCUCGAUAGUCCCAGCAACACCACGCAGAAAGCGCAGGAGAGAAUAAUCGGCGGCGCAGGCACGUAUGCGGCGCUCGGGGCGCGCCUCGCCGCGGGCAGCCUCCACGCCUCGUCGGUGGGCUGGAUCGUCGACAUGGGGUCCGACUUCCCCGCGGAGUUUCGCACGGCGAUCGAGACGUGGCACACGAGCUGCGUGUUCCGCUUCGACGGGUCUCGCCUGACGACCACGGCGUGGAACGGCUACGGGCCCAACGAGUUCCGCGCGUUCAAGUACCUGACGCCCAAGCGGCGGCUGGACCAGCACUCGCUGUCCAACGGGCAGGUGCUCGCCCGCGCGUUCCACAUGGUCUGCUCCCCCGCGCGGUGCAUGGCGCUGGUCCAGGGUAUUCUGGCUCGGCGACGGAAGCUUCUCUCGGAGAGUGACAGUGACAGUGACAGCGACAGGGACAGGCCGAUCUUCGUCUGGGAGCCCAUCCCGGACCUGUGCACGCCCGAGGAACUGUCGCGGCUGCGCGAGGCCGCUACGUGCGUCGACGUCGUGAGCCCCAACGCCGACGAGUUCGCGUCCUUUUUCAAGGAAAUGCCCGAUUUUUCCUCCCGGGAACGGAUGGUCGAGGCGCUCCUCGGGCUAGACAACCGACAACAAGGCCGAGGGCAGAAGCAGAAUCCGCUAAAAACGGCCCUGGUGGUCAGAGAAGGCGCCCACGGAUGCACCACGUACGCCGGGAGCACAAAGGGUCUACAUCUCCCGGCAUAUCACCAAAGUAAAGCAAAAGUCGUGGAUCCGACCGGUGGGGGGAACACGUUCUUGGGAGCGUUGGCCAUGGCCAUGACGGGCACCACGACCCCUCCUCCCGAAGAGGCUUCUCUCAAAGAACUAGAGGUCCCCGAAGGCUCUGUAUUUGGUGGGGAGAAUAGGCUUUUCUUCGCACUGCUUCACGCCACCGUCGCGGCUGGGUAUGCAAUUGAGCAAGUGGGGAUGCCUAGUGUAUCGACGGAAGACGGUGACUGUUGGAAUGGAGAGGCAUAUCCAGAGCGUUUCCGUAACUACGUAAAACGAGAGAGAGAUCACAUAGCCGUUCAACUCUCAAGCUCAUGCAGCUGA